GCAGACACGAAUAGUUUUUGCUCCGGCCAACCGAUCAACGAGCAACAACAGUCAUGGUUGCCCCCAAGAAGACUAAGAAGACCCAUGAAAGCAUUAACAACAGGCUUGCUCUGGUCAUGAAGAGUGGAAAAUACACUUUGGGAUACAAAACCGUUCUCAAGUCUCUCAGAAGCUCUAAAGGAAAGCUGAUAAUAAUUUCCAACAACUGCCCUCCUCUUAGAAAGUCUGAGAUAGAGUAUUAUGCCAUGUUGGCAAAGGAUGGAGUUCACCAUUACAAUGGAAACAAUGUUGAUUUGGGAACUGCAUGUGGCAAGUAUUACAUAGUGUGUUGCCUCAGCAUUAUUGAUCCCGGUGAUUCUGACAUUAUUAAGAGCAUGCCAACUGACCAGUAAGAGAUAUAGGUGUCUAAUUGCUGGCCUGGAUUAUUUUCUUCUUUCCAUG